CCGCCUCCGUCAUCCUCGUGGCACUUCUUUCUUGCAGUUCUUUUGCAUUCUAUUUUUCUUGUGCCUUCAGCUGCAUUGUCCCCUCCAUCUUCUUUGGAUUGCUGCCUCGCAUAUGCGUGUAUAACUCCAGAUUCGUCUGAGGUACUGUGAAUCACUGCAGCAGCGUCUUAUAUAUUUCUCAAUCAUCGAUUUCAGCCCCUUUUCUUCUCUUCACCUUUACCACUCCGAGACAAGAUCGAUCAGCGUUCGGAUACGAUGGGUGCACUCGACUCGAUCGCAGUGCGGGCUCUGUCCCAACUUCCAGAGACUGAAGGCUCAGCUCCAUCGUUGACUCACGACACUGCCAGCCCCAACUCUCCAACUUCGCAGGCUCAGUACACUCCACAGUCCCCAAACUUCGACGAUGCAGCCUUGGUGGACGCAGCAAAUCAGUCAAACACGCCUGAUCCCAUUAGCAUUGGGAGCCCGGUGUACCAUCCGCCACAUGGCCUCAACGCCAUCCCGAAAACCACUAUCGAGAGCAACACGGAGCCAUGCUACGGAACGGCCAUGGCUCACUACAGACCCUCGAUGCUUGUAGCGCUUCUGGACCACCAUUUUCCAGGUCGCAGUGACUCCUACGACGAAAUGCUGGAUCUCGGAAUCGCCACGAGCCAUUACAUCAAGAAGUUGACCGCCAUAUAUCGAAUGGACGACACCCUUGGGGAUCCAGAGUCGCGCAUUGUAACAAUGCUCGAGAGCAUCAUGCACGAGUGGCACGCCGUGAGACGGACAGAGAUUAACGAGCUUGCCAAGCUCCGAUUCCUUGAGUUCAAGCUGAAGCUUAGACUGCAUGACUUGGGUUACGAGGCCGAACUGGCUAGAAGUUAUUGAGACUGUGGCCCGACGAAAGCACGAGGGUUCGUGACUUCUCACAUUCGG